CAGUGGCAGACAUUGUCGCACUCGUAUCGUGUGAUUGCCAUCAUAUGGUUCAGCAAUAUUGUACUCAUGAGUCCCAUCGCCAUACUAUCAGAACUGUUGCCCAUUCAGACACCAGGCAAAUACAAGUGCCGAGAGGUGUGGCCGUCCGGUGCUAGUGAACAGCUAUUCAACAUACUGCUACUCAUACUGCUAUUGAUCGGGCCGUUUGUCAUACUGGUCAGCACCUAUACCCUGGUCAGCCGUGAACUGUACGGGGCUAACAUAUUUCAAGCGCAUUGCGCGACCAAUAACCACAUGAAUAAUAGUGGCCAUAAUGUGUUCGCACAUACCAUACCGCCUGAGGUGGUCGUCAAUAAUACCACUACUACUAGCACUAUAGGUGCUGAUGACUAUCGGGACGACAGCACGUACGCCGACGUGGAGACCACCACUUCAUUAAACUGUCGCUCAAUAAGUGUCUCAUAUGACUGCAAAAGUGGUUUCAUCAAUGGUUUGGUCACUACCAGUGCCACCACUAAUAGGAAGCUAUUGAUUGACACCGAUUGCCAUAAAAACGUGGUUCGCGUCAAGAAAUUGCGAUUGGGAAAUUCUCGUCGUGUGUCCACACAAUUGAUUAGCAAAAAGCGUAUCAUAAGAAUGCUAUGCGUUUUGGUGUUGGAGUUCUUCAUAUGCUGGACACCAGUCUAUGUCAUCAACAUAUGGGCCCUGUAUUGGCCCAAACAG